UUUUGCGAUCCGAUCGCCACUCGAGUGCCAUUGCUCGUCGCUGGUGGACGCGUUUCGGUGGAUAGUACCUAGUAUAUAAAGGCGGCGGCGGUUUGAGCCAAGUUCGAUCCGACUUAAGCGACAAAUAAGUGCAAUUAAGCAAUUGGACAGGAUACGAAACCCAGUGCAAACUGCAAUGUGCGACUUAUAAUUGCUGUUUUAGGGGAAGACCACGGCAUGGACUCCAGCAGCAGUGUCGUCGCGGAGAUCGAGUCCUCCAGUCCAAGUGACCACGGCCCGCCCACCCAGAUCACCUCCAUCGAUGGCUUCUUCAAUCGGAAACGGGGUCGUCCGCCGAAGAAUCGCUUUGUGGAGGUCUACAAGAGCGCGCAGCACUCGCCGCAGGCCAUCUUCACCAGCUUCAAGCUGGAGCGAAGCGAAUACUCCGGCCCAGGAGCACCAGUUCCCAGUGGCUCAUCCGCCACGGGGGCCACUGCAGAGGAUCGCUUGUCUCUGGCGGAUCGGGAUGGAUCAGCCACUGAUCUCACACCUAGUCGCUACCGGAAAAGGGGUCGCGUCUGGGCGCCAUCGCCGUCAUCAUCGUCGUCUGUGGAGCAGGCUGGCAAGAGAAGCGCCAUUCAAGUGCCCCGUGUUGCAGCGCGGAGUGAGACGGAGUCUCGGAGUAGCCGCCAUGAGUCUUCAGCCCAGCCCACCUUACAGCCUUCAGAACCUCUAGAAUCAAUCUCGUCAAGGAGUGCAUCAAGCAGGAUUUUGGACAAAGUUUCAGUUGUUCGAGCGGCGGGAACUUUUUAUCCGGAGAACGCGAAUUGCGAAUCAGCUGCCCAUCGAGAAACGCCGGAAGUGUGUAGCUCGAGAUAUCACAGUCGCCAGGAGUCAGCUGACUUGGAGGUGGACCAGCCGGAGGAUCUGAGCAUGCGUUCGUCUCUGCAGGAAGCUACAGCCACACCGGCGGCAGUGGGACCAGCUUUGAAUAUGAAUCUGCUGCAGUUUAAGCAGCUGAUCGAUUUGUACCAGCGACAGGUGCUGCUGCCCAGCUUUCUGGCGGCAGCCAGCCAACCACUGGCGUUACCGGGAUCAGGAGCAGGUCCCGCAGUUUCAGGACCCCUGCUGGACAUGCGACUCUUGCUGGAGAAUGCCGCUCAACAAAAGCUAAUGCUCCUCAAUGCAGCGGCAAGUGCAACGGCAAGUGCGGUGGCAAGUGCGGCAACCACAACGAUGAAUUCCGGCCAGAGGACUGCGGUGAAACGGAUCCGGGAUCACGACAUACCAAGUGGCUACCUGAAAUUCCGCUUCAACGAGGACUGCGGAUUCGAGCGGUGUGGCUACCGGAAUCACCAGUCGCACUUCCACUGCAACCGGCGAGAUUGCCACUACAGCUUCUGCGACAAGACCCGCUUUGUGCAACAUACGGCACGACAUGAGCGGAUGGACACGUUGAUGGGCGACGAUUUCCGUCAAUUCCGGGCCAACAUGCAAUGCGGAGUGGCCAGUUGCUCAUAUGCCACUGCAACUGCCACGGCCACGGAGACUAACCACCAAAACCGGAUAGAUCCCACAGAGGCAGUGGCGGCAUCCUCUAGGAAAACAUCGCACUUUCAUUGCCGCAAGUGCGAUUACGUGUGCACGGACUCGAACAAGGUGGUGGCCCAUCGAAGACUGCACCUUCGCCAGGACUACGUCCGGAGUGCGGGAUUCCGCAAGGUGGCCGGCAACGAGCAGUGCGAUUCCCCCGGCUGCUCAUACGCCCAGCGGCACACCCACUACCACUGCGUCUCCUGCGACGGCGGAGUCCUUUCACGGGCACAACUGGCGGCCCACAAGCACCGGACAGGCGUUCCCAAGCCGGAGGCGGACACCACUCCCUAGAACAUUAUAGAAACACACCUAGACUCAAGGAAAUUCGCAAUCUGAUACAAUAUACUAAUGCAAUGAGUUGAGCGUGUUUUCCUUCGUAUAAAACGAAAGUAACUUUGUCUGGUUAAUAAUA